UGAAGCAUGGAGCAGGCUGAGAGUGACACCAUGGCUGGGCAGGAGGAGGAGAGGGACUGGCGAAAACUGGAAACGAACUUCGAAUUGAAGGUCUUCCUCACAGUCUUUUACAGUGUCAUCCUGAUCCUGGGCAUUGUUGGAAACAGCAUCACCAUUCAUGUAGCUCAGGUGCUACAGAGGAACGGGUACCUACAGAAGAACGUAACAGAUCACAUGGUAAGCCUGGCUUGCUCUGACUUGCUGGUUCUGUUGAUCGGCAUGCCCGUGGAGCUCUAUAGUGCCAUCUGGUUCCCCUUCAGCUCUGCCAGUGGGAACACAGCCUGCAAGAUCUACAACUUCCUCUUCGAGGCGUGUAGCUACGCUACCAUUCUGAAUGUCGCCACGCUGAGCUUUGAGCGCUACAUGGCUAUAUGUUACCCAUUCAAGUAUAAAUCUCUGGCACGUACCAGGACUGCUCAUCUCAUCCUUGCUGCCUGGCUCAUCUCUGUUCUGGUCGCUGUACCUCUGCUGGUUGCAACUGGAACCGAAGGGCAUGUGAUCGAACCAGGAGGGGCGCCAGCACAAAAUCUGACCUUCUGCACCAACCUGCGGGAUUACUGGGGAAUGUACCAGGCUACCGUGUUCACAGCCUUUAUACUGUACCUGCUAGUUCUGGGCAGUGUGGGCUUCAUGUGCAGGAGCAUGAUUGUGAUCCUCAAGGCACCCAUGGUUAUUAUGGAGACUUCAGGAAGCUCAGCACCCAAACAUGAGAGCGCCAAAAUCAAAGCAUCCCGCAAGCAGACCAUCCUUUUCUUAGUGCUGAUCGUAUGUGCGCUGUUCGUGUGCUGGAUGCCGAACCAGGUGCGACGCUUGAUGACAGCAGCCAGGCCCAAAUCUUCAUGGACUGUGAGUUACCUGGUGGCAUACGUCAAGCUUCACCCAGUAGCUGAUACGUUCUUCUAUCUGAGCUCAGUCCUCAACCCUCUGCUGUAUAACCUGUCCUCGCGCCAGUUCCGCUCAGCCUUCCUCCAGACACUUUGCUGCCGCCUCUCCAUCCAGCACAUCAACAAGAGAACUCUGGAGAACAGCAAUGCGUCCCGAGCUCAGAGCCGUAUACUGCGCCCACUGCUGCGCAAAUCUCUGCACAAGAACAAACCUGCCUCCAGUGCAGAGGCUGAAACGGCAUCUCCGAAUACAGAGAACAGUCAGACAUUUCAGAUCCUAAACACAACUCCAAGUGAUGUAACAGAAACUGAAACAUGAGUAUUAACAGGGUUAAACCCACCGGUAAUUGUCUAUUUAUUUCAAAGUUGGGUAAAAAGGUGAAUGAGAAAUUAUUCACAGCAACAUGCUAUAUUUAGUCAUUCGUAGUGACAAUUUAAAAGACAAAUUUGAUGCGGCACCCUUCGGCAUGUUCUCAACCAGUGGGUAAGUGCAUGAGUGGUUUACACCAAAAGAACAGUACAGACAUACACCGACCAGGCAUAACAUCAUGACCAAUGACAGUAAAUAACACUGAUCUCUUCAUCACGGCACCUGUUAGUGGGUGGGAUACAUUAGGCAGUUAGUGAACAUUUUAUCCUGAAAAAUGAUGAAGCAUAAGGAUUUGAGCGAGUUUCACAAGGGCCAAAUUGUGAUGGCUAGAUGUCAGAGCAUCUCCAAAACUGCAGCCCUUGUGGGGUGUUCCCGGUCUGCAGAGCACAACAACGAGUUUGAGCUGUUGACUUGGCCUCCAAAUUCCACAGAUCUCAAUCCAAUCGAGCAUCUGUGGGAUGUGCUGGACAAACAAGUCCGAUCCAUGGAGGCCCAACCUCACAACUUACAGGAGUUAAAGGAUCUGCUAGUAACAUCUUGGUGCCAGAUACCACAGCACACCUUCAGGGGUCUAGUGGAGUCCAUGCCUCGAUGGGCCAGGGCUGUUUUGGCAGCAAAAGGGGGACUAACACAAUAUUAGGAAGGUGGUCAUAAUGUUAUGCUUCAUCGGUGUAUAUGCUUGACUGAUACAGCAAGAGCACCAGAGCUGUUUGUUAUGUUGUGGGGGACAACUUGGACUGAGUCAGGUUGUUUCUUUUGAUUGAAGGCGUUAGUGAAAAUCAAUAAAAUGUUUUUGACUGAU